UCUUAGUCUUAUGCUUGGUAGGUUGUGCCGUUGAGUUGAGUUGAGGCCAUGGGCCCUAAAGUCCACUGAGAAGAACCAAAGAAAAACUCUUUACCUCUUUCAGUGCUUCCCCCUUUGCCCCCAAUUUCUCGCUGUCGACCAUUUAGGUUUAGGUUUUCCCCCUCUUUUCGAUUUGGAGCUUCUCAUUUUCCACAUCACAUGGGUCUCCUCCUUCAUCACGCUUUCUGAUUCAUUUCCUUCUCAAGUUUCAAUUUUUUUUCAAAGAGGAAGAAGAAAAAGAUGGUUGUGGGACUUGAUUCCCUUGAAUUUCGUGUUGGGUAUGGCGUUUGAAAGAUAUAGACUCCAUUUUUGAAGCCCUGAAAGAAAGAUGGACAGAGUUAUUCAGCCUCCUUUGGUUGAUACGACUGCGUGUUUAUGCAGAGUAGAUACAGGCCUAAAAACUGUUGCUGGAGCAAAGAGGUAUGUCCCUGGAACAAAGCUCUGUCUUCGGCCUGACAUUAAACCAUCCAUUCACCCAACUAGAAACAAGCCAGCACGUGGUGACAGAAGCCGUAGUCAAUCCCCUCUACUUCCAGGACUCCCUGAUGAUCUGGCUAUUGCUUGCCUAAUCCGAGUCCCACGAGUUGAACACCGUAAACUUCGGCUUGUCUGCAAAAGAUGGUAUCGUCUUUUGGUUGGUAACUUCUUUUACUCUCUCCGCAAGAGUCUUGGAAUUGCAGAAGAGUGGAUAUAUGUCAUUAAGAGGGACCGAGACGGGAAAAUAUCAUGGCAUGCCUUUGAUCCUGUGUACCAACUAUGGCAGCCACUGCCACCUGUUCCUAAGGAAUAUUCUGGAGCUCUUGGUUUUGGCUGUGCUGUUCUCAAUGGCUGUCACCUGUACCUGUUUGGAGGGAAGGACCCACUAAAGGGAUCCAUGAGACGUGUCAUAUUUUAUAAUGCUAGGACAAAUAAAUGGCACCGUGCCCCAGAUAUGCUUCGUAGGAGGCACUUCUUUGGCUCUUGUGUCAUAAACAAUUGUCUGUAUGUGGCUGGAGGGGAGAAUGAGGGUGUGCACCGGUCCUUGAGAUCAGCUGAAGUGUAUGAUCCCAACAAGAAUAGAUGGUCAUUUAUUUCAGAUAUGAGCACUGCAAUGGUGCCUUUCAUAGGAGUUGUCUAUGAUGGGAAGUGGUUCCUGAAGGGACUUGGUUCUCAUCGGCAGGUUCUGAGUGAGGUCUACCAGCCAGAGAAUGAUAGCUGGUACCCUAUUUAUGAUGGACUGGUUUCUGGCUGGAGGAACCCUAGCACUACCCUAAAUGGAAAGCUCUAUGCCUUAGACUGCAAGGAUGGCUGCAAGAUUCGGGUUUAUGAUGAGGUUGCUGAUUCAUGGAGCAAGCAUAUUGACAGUAAAUUGCAUUUGGGGAGCUCACGGGCUUUGGAGGCUGCUGCUCUUGUCCCCCUGAAUGGGAAACUAUGUAUCAUCCGUAAUAACAUGAGCAUUUCUCUGGUUGAUGUUUCAAAACUUGAAGAUUUGAAAGGAUCAUCUGCUGAACAGUUAUGGGAAACUAUUGCUGGGAAAGGACAGUUCAAGACCUUGGUCACAAAUCUGUGGUCUAGCCUUGCUGGGAGAAACCGACUCAAAACCCACAUAGUUCACUGUCAGGUUCUUCAAGCUUAGAGGUUGUAUAGUUCUAAAAAAUCGACAAUCAGCAUGUCACAAGUUACAAUAUCUCUCAUCUUGAUGGUAUAUGUGUGUGAGAAGCUGGGACAAAUCUUGCCAGAACACCAUGAUGCAGUCUAUUGUUGCUUUUCAUCUCAAACCCGUGGCAUCAUGCUCAUCCCAAGAGGUGAAACAUAGAUAAGAUGUUUUACUAAUCAAGUAAUCAUAUAGUGUUACAGAUAUUGAUACAUAGUUGUUACAUUUGAAAAAAUUGAGUAGGCUGCUUACCAGAUCACAUGGUUUAUCAUUAGCUUGUCUUUUGUUUUGCUGCAACCAAUGUAUGACUUGGAGUGUUGGACGGGGGAGAAGAAAUGAAGAAUAAUACUUAAAGAGUCAGUUUGGUAUUCUUAUAAAUUUGAGGGUGAAAAAUUCAAGAAUUACUUUUGAAUAUAAUUUUUCAUAUUAAAACUCAUCUAUGAAUUUUUCACCCUCAUUUUCUGUGGCAAUACCAACUGACUGUCAACUCUUAAUAUUAUAUAAAACUCUUUGCAUUACAUAUUUAUAUAUGAGCACAAGUGGAGUCAAGUUUACUGGUGAGACACUACCAGUCUGUUUUGUACUAUGAUUGAAGAUACAACUUUUGACAGCUUGGAUAUAGCUUCUGUGUGGUUACAAAUUAUUUUUAUGACAUGUCAAAAGUUACAAAUGCGUCAA